GGGCGGGGCAGGGCGAACUUGCCAGUGACUGGACUCAGCUUCUUUGCGUAACCAAUACUGGAAGGCAUUUAAAGGCACCUCUGCCGCCGCAGACCUUGCAGUUAACUCCGCCCUGACCCACCUUUCCCGAUGCAGUCCCUGAUGCAGGCUCCCCUCCUGAUCGCCCUGGGGUUGCUUCUCGCGGCCCCUGCACAAGCCCACCUGAAAAAGCCAUCCCAGCUCAGUAGCUUUUCCUGGGAUAACUGUGAUGAAGGGAAGGACCCUGCGGUGAUCAGAAGCCUGACUCUGGAGCCUGACCCCAUCAUCGUUCCUGGGAAUGUGACCCUCAGUGUCGUGGGCAGCACCAGUGUACCCCUGAGUUCUCCUCUGAAGGUGGAUUUAGUUUUGGAGAAGGAAGUGGCUGGCCUCUGGAUCAAGAUCCCAUGCACAGACUACAUUGGCAGCUGUACCUUUGAACACUUCUGUGAUGUGCUUGACAUGUUAAUUCCUACUGGGGAACCCUGCCCAGAGCCCUUGCGUACCUAUGGGCUUCCUUGCCACUGUCCCUUCAAAGAAGGAACCUACUCACUGCCCAAGAGUGAAUUCGUUGUGCCUGACUUGGAGCUGCCCAGUUGGCUCACCACCGGGAACUACCGCAUAGAGAGCGUCCUGAGCAGCGGUGGGAAGCGUCUGGGCUGCAUCAAGAUCGCUGCCUCUCUAAAGGGCAUAUAACAUGGCAUCUGCCACAGCAGAAUGGAGCAGUGUGAGGAAGGUCCCUUUUCCUCUGUUUUGUGUUUGCCAAGGCCAAACUCCCACUCUCUGCCCGCCUUUAAUCCCCUUUCUACAAUGAGUCUGCUAUCCUCACUGAAAAUCAUUUUGUGCCACUUACAUUUUGGGCUGGGGCAAGCAGCCCUGACCUAAGGGAGGAUGAGUUGGACAGUUCUUGGUAGCCCAGGGCAUCUGCUGGGCUGACCACGUUACUCAUCCCAGCCUCGUUCAUUUCCAAAGCAGUUAAGGAAUGGGAACCAGAGUGUUUUAGGACCUGAAGAAUCUUUAUGACUCUCUCUCUCACUCUUUUUUUUUUUUUCUUUGUCACUAAGUUAAAAGCAAAGUGAGAGUAUUAACGUUUUUGUUCUCCUCCAGCCCCCUGUUACAAUGAAGGGGCGAAAGUAUUUGCUCUUAGUCUAUUCCCCCCUUAACUUCUGUGACUAAUUUUGAUUUCCUUUCUAGAUUUGCCCGGUUAAUACUAGGGUGCAGUGUAUCCUGGAGAGGUAGGGUGUGUGGGGGAGGAAUCCCUUUGGGGAGAUAUUAGGAGUGCUCUGUUGUUUACAAACUCAGGUACCCGCAGGGCCUAGCAAGAGACUUAAAUGAGUGACAAGAACCAUGAGAAAACAUGUUGCUUCCGUCUUGAUUUUGGUUUUUCCUUUUUUUUUUUUGAGACAGAAUCUCACUCUGUCACCGGGCUGGAGUGCAGUGGCGCAAUCUCGGCUCACUGCAACCUCCGCCUCCCAGGUUCAAGUGAUUCUCCUGCCUCAGCCUCCCAAGUAGCUUGGACUACAGGCCCUGCCACCAUGCCCGGCUAAUUUGUGUAUUUUUAGUAGAGAUGGGGUUUCACCAUGUUGGCCAGGAUGGUCUCGAUCUCUUGACCUUGUGAUCCGCCCACCUUGGCCUUGCAAAGUGCUGGAUUACAGGCGUGAGCCACUACGCCCAGCCGAUUUUUCCUUUUUGAUUAAAGAUAUUAUUACAAUGUAAAUAUUUCUUACACAGAAAGUCACAGCACAUGUGCCCAUUGAUACAAGGCCGCUGAGGCCUGGUCUCCAGUUGGAAAUAUAAUUAAGGGUGGCAAGGACUGGAGUAAGUUGGAGGGUGCAUAGCCAGUCUGUGAAGACAACUGCCAGAUACUGGCAAUACUCCAGCCUGGUGACAGAGUGAGACUCUGUCUCAAAAAAAAGUUUCAAUGUUUACUCCUAGAGAAGCCAAAAAUCCAGAUUUGUAUACGAAAUCUUACCAUUUUAAAAGAUUGGCAGCUAAUUAUUUUUUUAAAAAGCUGUGCGGUGUGAUGUGUCCCAAACAGACUGGCUCAUGGGUGGCCACUUCGCAACCUGUGAUCUCAGACCGUGCAUGCCUUGUCCUCUUAAGACAAUUCCUGCGGCACCGUUUCUCGCUCCACAGGGCCAAAGCCAUAGUGUCCAGUCCCAAGGACAAGGCUCUUCCAGUGCUAGGAGAGGUAUGGACAGCCUCUCACCUGUGAGCUGUGGGGAUCACGAGGCUGCCUGCCUCAGUCUUGGAGUCCUGUCGGGUGAAUAAGGCAGAUGGGAAAGAGCCUCACCAGCAGCUGCUUUUGGAGCAGGGUUCCAAGGAAGAGAGGGUGGCCUUGACAUCAAACUGCCUGGAUUUUUCUACCACUCUGUUACACCAUAAUAACUUCUGAAACACACACCAGCCCUGAGUUCUGGGCUCAUUUGAAGCCUGGAAUAGCAGUAAAUCUAUUUAACUUGCUGACAGUUUCUCCCUUGCCAUGGCUGCAGAUUUCACUGAUCACAUCUCAGGAUUUCAAAAGCAUUUUUGGGGUGGGGCUCUUUUGGUUGGAAGGGUUUGUUGGAAUGGUACAGGUGAGCCAAGGCGAUUCCAGGGACGGACCCUUCUGCAGGAGCUUGAGCUUGCUCAUUGUCUCUGCUUCAUCGCCAUCCAGCUCCCUUGGUUGCUAUUUUGCUUUCCAUCACAUCAUGACUGCGGAGAGCGAAAAUCACCUGGUGACCAAUGAACAGACCCCAGAGACAAAAUCUUUUUAUCUGAGGAAUUUAAAAGGGAGCAAAGACCACCUGGUGACUAUCAGGCCAUGCAGAGGCAAAACUCCUUAUUUGGGGAAAAUUAGAAGUAAUUAGACUUUCCUAUUAUCUAAAGCAGGCAUCUGGUUCCAGAUUUCUUUUCCCUGAAAAAAACCUUAUAAGUAACUAAAAUUUCUGUACAUCUCUGGAAUGCCAUGCUGAAACUCACUGUGCAACCCCAAGGUCCCGCUUUAAGGUCCGUAAAUAUCCCUAAGGAAAAAUCCACCGUGGUACGUUCAGUCCUCUGGCCGAGGUGCCCCACGGCAGUCUUCUGCAGCAUUCUUCUAAUACCUUUCUUUAUUCAAACCUAUACUGUUGUUGGUGAAUUCUUUUUACCAACCCACGAGCUGACCACUUCCCAAUGCCGGGGCUCUGACACUGCACCUGGCAAUGAUCUCCACAGCCGUUUCCCUCUGUUGGAUCUUCCAGCCUUAUUCUCUACAGUUGCUUUUUAGUUCACAUUCUUGACCGAAUCUCAGUAGCUCAGUUAAUCUUUUUAUGUCUGCUCUGCUCUUGGGUCAUAUGUUCCUUGAGGUGUCUUAGGGGUGGGGGAUGAGGAGUUAAAGGUGGCAUCUUCAAUCGCAGGUCAAAGCAGACUUUUUAAUAAAUGGUGCUGAACCAACUGGAAAGCCCCUUGGAGAAAGUUGAAGUUAGACACUGUACUUCACACCAUAUGCAAGAAUGAACUCCAUCUGGAUCCAGGAUCCAAAUGUAAGAAAAUGAAGCCAUAUAAAUACAGAAGGAAACGUGGUGGAAAUAUCCAGUGGCAACAAAAUAUUGACACAUUUGACUACAUAAAGAGAAAAAAAUGCUUUGUAAAAACACAAUAAAAUCAAAUGACUGGGAGAAAAAUUUAUCCAACCUAUAUCAUAGACAAACAGUUAGUAUUCUUACUAUAUAAGGAAUUAAAAAUUAAGGGACAAAGGACUAAAAACUUGGUAGAAAAACUGGGAAAAGACAGGAACGUACACACUCAUGUAAAGAUAUAAAAAUGGCUCUUUGAAAUAUUCAAACUAACUCACUAGAGAAAUGUAAAUUGAGAUAAUACUGAGAUACCAUUUAUCAUCUCUCAGACUGGUGGAAGAAAGAACACCACAUUUCUGUUAGGCAAGGCUAUAGGGAAACACUGUCAUCACUGUUGGUGGGAAUGCAAACUAGUAUGACUUCUGGAGGGGAAUUUGUCAGUACUUAACAAAUUGCAGAAGCAUUUACCCUUUGACACAACCAUUUCCACUGUGGGAAUUUCCCUUGAAGAUGUACCUCCAACAGUACAAACAUACAGAUGCACAAGAUUACUCAUUGCAGCACUGUGACUGCAAAUAUUGGAAGCAAAGUUAUGUUCAUAUACAUGAGAAAGGCUGAGUAAACCAUGGCACCAAUGGCAUACCCACGUGAUGGGAUAUUAUUGAGCUGUAAAAGAAAAAUGAUCUCUAUGAGUUAUUUUCAAGAUACAUUAAAUGCAAAAACCAAAGUACGAAAAGUAGAAAGUGGUACUUUUUAUGUAAGAAAGAAGGAGAUGUAAGAAAGUACGUGUAUCUGCUUGUUUAUGCAAAGUAAAUUAGGAAAGAUUGGCCAGAAAGUAAUGAGCUCUCUAUGGAUGGUAGGUGGGUGUAGCGUAGAAAGAAGGGAGAAAUCAUCACGGUAUAAAGGAGGAAGGGAUGGAACACUGCCGAGUGUAUCUGAGUAUAUUUUGUAUAACUGUGACUCUUAGAGCCAUAGUAAUGUUUCUCAUGCCCCCCAAAAUAAUUAAAGUCAACCAGGAUAUGAGGAGAGUUCAAAAUGAAAUACAGUUAACAAAUGAACAUAACUGUAUUUCAAAUGCUUAAUACAACCACAUUGAAGGAGGUGGGCAAGAAGAAUAAGAAGCUAUAGCAUUUUGAUGGGAUACUAGAAAAAGGCACUGUACACAAAUACCAGAGUCUAGUUAGCAAAUUUUUCACAGAAGCAAAAGGUAGCAAUUCGGGAAGUAUUUUAUGGCUAUAUUAGGAUUGGGAAAACAAAUAUAUGGUAGGUAAUGAGAACAUGGGGGACAUAUUGAAAGGACACAGGAACCAAAUUGAAUGUCCCUCAGUGGCCAAAUCUUGGGCAAUUUGAGCAAUAAAAUAAUGACAAUAAUCGGUUAUAGUCCACUGAUUAAAAAUACACUAUAGAAUCCCGUACACAAUGGAAUCACAAAUGUAGAAGGAACGAUAGAAAUAGAAAAAAUGGCUGGGCGUGGUGGCUCACGCCUGUAAUCCCAGCACUUUGGGAGGCCAAGGCGGGUGGAUCAUCUGAGGUCAGGAGUUCAAGAGCAGCUUGGCCAACAUGACGAAACCCCGUCUCUACUAAAAAUACACAAAAUUAGCCGGGCAUGGUGGCACGCACCUGUAAUCCCAGCUACUCUGGAGGCUGAGGAAGGAGAAUUGCUUGAACCUGGGAGGUGGAGGUUUCAGUGAGCCGAGACUGUGCUGCUGCCCUCUAGCCUGGGCGACAGAGUGAGACUCCAUCUCAAAAACAAACAGAAAAACACCAUUAGGCAAACACCAUAGGAAUAGUUGUUGCAGACAAGAAACACCUAUGAAUGCCGAAUUAGUGAAUAGAAGUAUGAUGGGAAACAGGAUUUUGCAUGGUUUUCAGAUCCCUUCACAAGAUACUAAUUACAAAGGGAAAAACAGUCACUAUAGUGAAUAAACCUGACAGAAACCACCUUAACCAAGUGAUCAAGUUAACAUCACUACUAACAAGACAUACUGAUACCAAGUACCUUCCAAUAUGAUGCACUGAGAAGGGCACAAUGUCACUUCUGUGGUGUUGUCAGAAAUGUGCAAUCUCAGUGCAAUCAUGAGAAAAGAUCAGACAGGCCCAAAGUGAGAGACACUCUACAGAAUAACUGACCAGUACGUUUUGCAAGUGCCAAGGCCGUGAACAAUAAGGAAAGACUAAGGAACAGUCAUGGACUGGAAGAGAAUAAAGAAAUACGAUAACUAACUGCAUUGUGAGAUACCGAUUUGGAUGCUGGAUUAGAAAAUGGACCAGAAAUAAGAUUUCACCAAUGUCAAUUAUUUGGUUUUGAUAAUUGUACUGUCGUUAUGUAAGAUGUUAACAUUAGUAAGAGCUGGGUGAAGGGUACAUGGAAACUUAUUUUUGCCACCCUUUGAAAGUCUAACUUUUUUCAAAAUAAAAACGUUUUAAAAAUA